AUUUGGUGUAACAUAUCAAGCUUUGACCCGUUUCACUGCCUUCAGAUCAGAAAUAGCACAGAGCGCUUCUCAUGCCGCCAAAACCAAAACAACGUAAGGUUGUAAAGGCGCCAAAAAGCGCGUCUUCCCAGUUCACAGAGUCAAAAGACGCUUUAUCAGUCUCUGCCAUGCCUCCUCCACCCGUGCCACUCAAAGCCAUGGCCAUCCUCGAGCCUGAAAUGAAUGCGCUCAUGGAUUGCUUAAAGAACGCGGUGGUAAGAACCGGUCAAAUUUAUUCCUUUCAUGCCGAUUCCCGAAGACUUGGUAUUAACAAAUAUGCUCCAUAUCCACCACGUUCUUUGACAGAUUCACUCGGACGUGAGGUCGAAAAAUUCGAUCAACUUUAUGAUGCGAUGGAAUCGCGUUUGCUUCGAGCGAUCGCUGUGCUAGAACGAGACCUAGCCCGUGAGCAACGUCGCGAUCGCGAAGCCGAGAAUGCCGCGAUUGCCACCCGCACUCGUUCUAAAUCCACAUCAGAAUCUCCAACCACACGCAAAGUUCCUUUACCUCCACUGGAGGCCAACACAGAUGUCGUCAUGGGUCCACCAGCUCUUCCGGUUCAAGCAUCUCCUCCUCAAGGUCUUGCGAAUCCUACUCGCCGCGGAUCAACUAUUUCCCUAUCAUCCCUGCACCGCCCUCCAUUCCCUCUCAAACUAGACCUCUCCUCAUCCUCCCUCCGAAUGUCCGCAGAAGAAGCCGCUUUAUUUUCCCAGAGUUUACCCUCUCCAGUAUCCCUUGCGCCCAAAUCAGCUCGUCCUUCAGCUCAAACGGAGUUAGACCUCAUGGCUGCAUUUGCGUCCGCAACUGCCGGUUCUUCACAACACGUUGACAUUGACUUAACUGUCGAGGAUGAUUCUCCUCUACCUCCCAUCGACGCGUCCCUAGGAAAUUCAGUAGACAAGCCAAUUGAGCUCGAUCUUGACUCCAUCGACAUGGAAAUGUCAACCAUGACAGACCUUUUUGGAGAUGGAACUGAAACAGGUUCGGGAGAGAACAGUGGGGUAGAAGGCAUAUUUUCCCCUGUCGUCCCUGAUUCCGGGGCUUCAAACCCCGCAAAAGAGUCUCAAGAAGGCAGUCUUGACAUGGAAAUGCUCGGCGCACUAUCAGCAGUGGAUAACAACAACCACAGCAAUGACGUGUUCGGACCAUCAGAUUCUAAUGGGCUGGAAUCUGCACAGCAUUCCACGCUUGGCGUCCAGAGCGCGCAUCCUGGAAAUGUUGCGCCUUCCCCCAGUGCAAUUCUCGCAAGCUUCGCUACUUCUCAAUCAGAUGGGACCAGUCACCAGCUUCCGGGUGGGGACAACAAUUUCGAUUUGUCCACUCUUGAUCUUGCCAACUUCGACCCUACCUUCUUCCAUCGGCCCACAGAUAUAAACUUGAUGGAUAUGGACGCGUUGCUGGAUUCCAUGGGUCAGGGCGGGGGCAACUCUGAUGGGUCAAAACCAUCAUCAUGAACUCAUCACGAGUAGCUCUUCACUUGCACGAGCUAUCGGAAUGGUCCAAGACAAGCUUUUGUUCAUAUCGCUAGCCACCACUUAUCCUAAUGAGUGACCUUCUUACCAGUUAGCCACACCCGUUGAUUCACACAUUUCGUCACCUCACUCUAGAACUCGUAAGUGUAUAAAAUAAAAUAAUGUCCGGGCUCGAUGUUACAGCAGUAGAACCAAA